AUGUCAGACGCGUUCAGGAAAGCAAUGGCCAACAAGCUACCCCAGCUACCUCGGACAAAAGCACCAUGGGCCGAGGAGGCCGACGAGGGACAAGAGGAGUUGCAGGAGGAAGAAGAAGAAGAUGGGCUGGGCGAUCUGCACGCAGCUCUGCCACCUCCUACGAAAUACGGUUCGACAGAUCUCACUCCUUUAUCCGCCUCGUCGUUCUUCCAACAAGCACUGGAAGUCACCCCUUCCUCUUCCUCCACGACAUUCAGAGUAUAUCUCACCCCACCUAAUGCCAGCAAUGGAAAGGGGAAGGGCACUUACCUUGUAUGUCAUCAUGGAGCAGGAGCAUCCGGAUUGAGCUUUGCAGCGUUGGCUAAACAUGUUAGGGAGAGUAGUCAUGGUGAAUUAGGUGUGCUCGCUUUCGAUUGUAGAAAUCAUGGCAAGACCAGUACUGCCGGUCCGUCCUCUUCGGAGCAAGAUCUAUCUUUACCUACAUUACAGAACGACUUCCUAGCACUGAUACAGCAUAUAUUCCCUGAUGCGAAAGAAUCGCCAUCUCUGAUACUGUUAGGUCAUUCGAUGGGUGCAGCACCAAUUUUAUCUUCCGCACCUACACUACAGAAAAAGGGGUAUACGAUACCUGGUGUGAUAGUGUUAGACGUUGUUGAAGGCACUGCGAUCGAGGCUUUACCUUUGAUGAAAUCUAUCUUAUCCCAGCGUCCUACCCAAUUCAGGUCGGUGGUGGAUGCGAUUCAUUGGCAUCUAACAUCGAACACAUUAAGAGAUACAGAAGCAGCAAGAGUAUCCGUACCAUCAUUCCUAAUUCCUGAUCCCAGUAACUCCAAUAAUGGUGGAGGAGGAGGGGAGAAACAGAUUUGGAGAACUGAUCUUUUAGCUACUGAGCCUUAUUGGGAGGAAUGGUACAUAGGUUUAAGUAAGAGAUUCCUAGAAGCUAAAUGCGCGAGAUUAUUGGUGUUGGCUGGACAAGAGAGGUUGGACAAGGAAUUGAUGGUUGGUCAGAUGCAAGGUAAAUUCCAACUUGAAGUCAUGCCUGACACCGGACAUUAUCUACAUGAGGAUAAUCCCUCAUCAUUAGCCUCAACGAUCGUGCAGUUCUGGCGAAGGAACACAAGGGUAUUGGUGUUACCCCCUAAGAUCGGUCAACCUGGUGUACCUGGUAUGAAGCCGAAUAACAUAGUGAAGCGUGUAGGCGAAGAUUAG